UGACCAAAAAAAAAAGAAGAAGAAGAAAAGUAUCAACGCUUUUUUGCCGAACUUUUGUCUUUUAGUGGUGUUUGAUUUACGUGUUUGUAAAGAUAGCGAAAAUCUAGAUCCUUCGAUUUCUCUCAUAUCUGUUAGAAGUGCACGGUUUCGAUUUCAAAAUGAGUUGCCCCUUGAGCAAAGAUGCCAUUGAAAAGUUAAAACAAUUCAUUGAAGUUUGUAAGUCUAAUCCUGACAUUUUACACCUACCAGAAUUGAAAUUCUUCAAAGACUACAUCGAAUCUUUUGGAAGUACUGUACCGGAGUCUUCGAAAAUGUCCUCUGGUACUAAGACAGAAACCAAGGAGAAAGUUGAAGAACCGGUGGAAGAAAUGAUUGAAUCAGAUCCUGAAUCUGAGCUGGAAUUGGACAUGACAGGUUGUGUAGAACCUGAUAAGCUAGAUGAAAACCAAAAAAUGGGUGACCCUUCUAAGGAAGAGGUAUCGGAAGAAGACUCUGAUAAGGCUGAUGAGAAACGUGUUGAAGCCAUGUCACUAUUGUCUGAGGGUAACAUCGAAAAAGCUAUUGAAAUAUUCACUGAGGCAAUAGAAUUGAAUCCCAAUAGUGCUUUAUUAUUUGCAAAGAGAGGCCAAGCUUAUUUGAAACUUACUAAGCCAAACGCAUGUAUCAGAGACUGUACCAGAGCUCUGGAAAUAAACUGUGAUUCAGCUACUGCAUAUAAAUUCCGAGGCAGGGCCUACAGACUACUGGGAGAAUGGGAACUAGCUGCUAAAGACCUUAGACAAGCUUGCAACAUAGAUUUUGACGAACAGACAGAUGAAUGGUUGAAAGAAGUAACUCCAAAUGCAAAAAAAAUAGAAGAACAUUUGUUGAAAAAAGAAAGAAGAAGGAAAGAGAAAGAAGAAUUUGAAAAAAUGGAGAGAAUAAGAAAAGCAAGAGAGGCUCAUUCCAAGGCUUCUACUGAGGAGAAAGUGGAUGAUUUGCCUUCAGCUGAAGGAGGAUCAGGUGGAAUGCCAGGAAUGGGUGAUUUCUACAAAUUACUAGAAGAUCCUGAAAUCUUGGCAGCAUUCCAGGAUCCAGAAGUGUCUGCAGCUUUUCAAGAUAUUUCAAUGAAUCCUGCCAACUUUGUCAAGUAUCAGUCAAAUCCAAAAGUGAUGGAUUUGGUUGCGAAACUGUCUGGAAAAUUUUCUGGAUCUGGGAUGAACUUUCCAAGUUUCGGAGGUGCCGGAGCUGCUCCUGGCGCAGGAUUUCCGGGAUUUUCAGGAUUCCCAGGGGGUUUUCCCGGUGCCGGAAUGGGCGGAAAUGCUCCACCCCAGCCUAAACCAUCUGACGAUGAUAAUUUAGAUUAGAUUUUCAUAUUUUGUAUUAUUUCUACUGUGGUUCUAGAAAAGAUUUUUUGUUACAAUUACUUUGUAAUGUUGCUGCUUCACUUGAAAAUUCGUUUUCUAUGAAAUUUUUUAAUAGUGGACUGAAAUAUUUUCUAUAUAACUUGAAUCUCUGGUUAAUGUUUAGGAAAUUCCUUUGACAGGACUGGUGUUGUUUUCAAGAACCACAACAUAUUACUUAUGUUUUUAGAAAUGGUACAAGUAUUUUUAAGGCUGAUUUCAUAUAGUGUUUUCAAUUCAAUUUCUGAUGGAAUUUAAUAUCGUUAUUAAAAAUUUUUGGUGACA